GGAGACGCAGUUCCAGCCAUGGCCGAGGUGGAAAUACCUGCUCGACCAAAACUGUUUGAUUUCCGUGGAAUCUCUAUGGUCGAGUAUUACACACAACACUGGGAGACCAUUCAAAACUUUAAGGCCAGGCCAGAUGAUAUACUUAUUGCAACAUUUCCCAAAGCCGGAAACACCUGGCUCAGCUACGUCCUCGACCUGCUGUAUUUCGGUCAGAAAUCUCCAGAGCAUCAGACAUCCGUGCCUAUUUAUCUAAGAGUGCCUAUCUUGGAGAUCACCAUUCCUAAUCUGGAGCCAGGAACAGAACUGUUGGAUGACCACCCCACCUCUCCUCGACUCAUUAAGACUCAUCUUCCAGUUCAGUUUAUACCAAAGUCCUUUUGGGAGCAAAACUGCAGGAUCAUCUACGUGGCCCGCAAUGCAAAGGACAGCGUCACAUCUUUUUUCCAUUUUGAACGCAUGACCUUGGUCCAUCCAGAGCCUGGAGACUGGAGCAGUUACCUCCAGAGAUUCAUGAAUGGAAAGAUGGUGUUUGGACCCUGGUAUGACCAUGUGAGCGGCUGGUGGAAAAAGAAACAGAGCUAUUCAAAACUGCACUACAUGUUCUAUGAGGAUAUGGUCGAGGAUACUGGACGGGAAAUAGACAAACUGUGCCGCUUUCUUGGUUUGUCUCCUUCAGCUGAGGAGAAGCAAACAAUUAUAGGAAAAGUGCAGUUUGAUGAAAUGAAAACGAACAACAUGGUCAACUGGACCACUUUCAGAGGGAUGGAUUUCAAAGUUUCUACCUUCAUUAGAAAGGGGAAGGUUGGUGACUGGAAGAACCAGUUCACUGUGGCCCAGAAUGAAAAGUUUGAUGAAGACUACAAGAAGAAGAUGAAGGAUCCUGCACUGCAGUUUCGCACAGAAAUUUAG